AUGCUUCUCCGUCUCGAGGCCUGGUCCGUUCUUCCGAUGGAUAGGUUGAGGAUUGUGGACGUGCGGCGGGAUCUGCACGUGGGAUGGUUGGGAUGAAUGGGUGGACAAUAACAUAUGAUGCAGCAGCACGUCUCUAUAGGCACUUCUGUGAUUUUGUAUAAUAUUUCUUAAUUUACAAGGUAGGUUGACUGAGAACACGUUCUCAUUUACAGCAACGACCUGGGGAACAGUUACAGGGGAGAGGAAGGGGGGAUGAAUGAGCUGUGGGAGAAGAAAAAGAGGACAGCGUGAGUGUGAUGCAGAUUAGCUGGAGCUGUACUGAAGUCUUGCUCUGUGCUAUAGAAGGGGUAGGUAGACUGAGAUAGAGGUGAAAUGGGGCCUGCAAUGUUGCAUAUGCUCAAUGGUAAAGCAUACCAUAGCUGCCAGCAAAAGGGCUUUUGCGGUAAUUAAUAUAUAAGGAAUUUCUAAGCGUGUAAACAAGGCUUAAUAACAGUGUGAUUUAAUUGGAGUUUGUGCGCUCUCGUGUGUGUGUGAGUAUGUGUGUGCAUGUGUGUUAAUAUGGCUGUGUGUGUGUGUGCACAUGUGUGGGUGCACGUAGGUAUUAAAAUGACUGUGUGGGUAAGUUUACAUGACAGUAUGGCCAUGAACCGCUAGGUUGGAUGAGUACAAGUGGUACUGUAAGGACGGGGGAGAGGGUCAUUAGUAAGCUUUUUGAUAAGAGAUAGAGCUGGGGGACCAGAGGGGCAAUAUGCAGCUCCCACCACACAUAUACACACACAUAUACACACACACACACACACACUCAUCUUAGCCCUGGAUCCUACUCCCCAUACAGUGGAUUAAUGAGCUUUCUCUGUGUGUAAAUCCACCCUCCCAGUACGCUGAAAGAGAAUGGAAUUAUGGGAGUGGGAGUUCUGGAGGGCUAGUAGGCCCCCAGCUGCUAGAUGGACCGAUGACUCACUCGGGCGCUUGUGGCCUCACUUGGCUAUUUAUGUCUCUGUGUGGUGUCAAUGCCCUGUGAAUCUGAGUCAUUUGAACUAGUAUGGACUGUUCCGGAGUGUAACAUGCAGAGAACUAUAGGUAAUUGGGUUGUAAAGAUGACAUUGUAACAGCUGGCAGUAAAUGGGCAUUUGUCAAGGGAACAGGUAGCACCUGAGCUUUUUAUGUGGUGGGUGAGUGGGUGGAUGGGUUCGUUUGUGCGUGUGUGCGUGCGUAUGUUACUGAUAACAAUGAUGAUUGUGUGCAUGUGUGCGUAUCUGCACAUACACAUGAAAACAUACAUGUGAGUGCAAACAUAUGUAUCCAUGCACAUAAUGUGUCCAAAUCAGUCAUGUGCCAGUACAUCUGUCUGUAGCCCACUCUGCCUCUGUUCACAAAAACAAAGAGCCAAAAAGGGUGAAUCAACGCCCAGACAGACCGUGUCCAGGCGCAUCCUCAGAUGAUGGAGAUAACACGCCUUUCUCACUGCAAUGUAUGCACUCACUAACUGUAAGUCGCUCUGGAUAAGAGCGUCUGCUAAAUGGCUCAAAUGUAAAUGUAAAUGUAGCAGAGUGCCAGAGGCAGGAGAGACAUUGUAUCAUUCACUUACUGUAGGACAAGGGCACAGGCAACUCAUAUUGACAUUAUUGAUGAUCAUAAUUCUAAUGGCUGGUUACUCUGACAUGCAUUUAAUUGUGCAUCCCAAAUGGCACACUAUUUCCCAGAGCCCUGGUCAAAGGUAGUGCACUAAUAUAGGAAAUAUGGUGCCAUUUGGGACACAGACUAUAUGAACACUCAGCUCUACCCACCUCCUCCUCCUCCUCCUCUCCUUCUCACAUCACUCUUUUAGCUGAGUCACUAUGCGGUGAGACGGAGACACUGUCAAAGAGCACUGUGACACUUUGCAAACACACACCCACACACUAGGCUUGGGCGGUAUAGAGCCCAACAGUGGAGGUGUCAUAAUACUCAUAAAACCUAGCGGUCAAACAGGGAAAUGGUUCCAAUCAUUUUUCCACCAUUCAUUUUUCCCAUAGGGAAUUUUAGACACACUUAAAAUUAGGGCUGUGUUUCAUGUAGGCUUACCCUGGUGUGAUAUUUUAUGUAAAUCUCUCUCGGACAAGGUGACUUUUAUCAACAUAUUUGGCUCUAUUUACUCUCAGAUUCAAAAAUUAUAAUUAGCAUCAAAGUAGACAUCAUGCAUAAGUACAAAUCCCUGCAAGUCAUCUCUAGCUGAUACCUUUGCUAAAAGGUAUUGUGUCAAUUUAAAACUUUAACAAGACAGUUCACAGAAUUGUCAGUUGAAAGACAUUUGGCCAAUUUAUUCAUUGCUAAAUUUUGCUAACAUUAGGCAGUUAAUCCAGAGAUUUUUACCUUUGCCUCAAUUCGGCAGUCUGUCCAGAUCACCAUGGUAUUUGUAGUUCUUUAUGAUAGCCACAUUAGCAGCUAAUUAGUACAGCCCUUAUUUUAAGUGUUUCUAAAAUCCCCUAUGAGGAAAAUGAAUGGUGAAAGAAAAUGAUUGAAACCAUUUCCCUGUUUGACUGCUAGGUUUUAUGGGUUUUAUGACUCAUACUGUGGUACUCUAUACCGUAUACGGGGGUAUUAUUAUUAUAAUAUAUAUAUAUAUAUAUAUAUAGUGGGGGAAAAAAGUAUUUAGUCAGCCACCAAUUGUGCAAGUUCUCCCACUUAAAAAGAUGAGAGAGGCCUGUAAUUUUCAUCAUAGGUACACGUCAACUAUGACAGACAAAUGGAGGGAAAAAAAUCCAGAAAAUCACAUUGUAGGAUUUUUUAUGAAUUUAUUUCCAAAUUAUGGUGGAAAAUAAGUAUUUGGUCAAUAACAAACGUUUCUCAAUACUUUGUUAUAUACCCUUUGUUGGCAAUGACACAGGUCAAACGUUUCCUGUAAGUCUUCACAAGGUUUUCACACACUGUUGCUGGUAUUUUGGCCCAUUCCUCCAUGCAGAUCUCCUCUAGAGCAGUGAUGUUUUGGGGCUGUCGCUGGGCAACACGAACUUUCAACUCCCUCCAAAGAUUUUCUAUGGGGUUGAGAUCUGGAGACUGGCUAGGCCACUCCAGGACCUUGAAAUGCUUCUUACGAAGCCACUCCUUCGUUGCCCGGGCGGUGUGUUUGGGAUCAUUGUCAUGCUGAAAGACCCAGCCACGUUUCAUCUUCAAUGCCCUUGCUGAUGGAAGGAGGUUUUCACUCAAAAUCUCACGAUACAUGGCCCCAUUCAUUCUUUCCUUUACACGGAUCAGUCGUCCUGGUCCCUUUGCAAAAAAACAGCCCCAAAGCAUGAUGUUUCCACCCCCAUGCUUCACAGUAGGUAUGGUGUUCUUUGGAUGCAACUCAGCAUUCUUUGUCCUCCAAACACGACGAGUUGAGUUUUUACCAAUUGACCAUAUGACAUUCUCCCAAUCCUCUUCUGGAUCAUCCAAAUGCACUCUAGCAAACUUCAGACGGGCCUGGACAUGUACUGGCUUAAGCAGGGGGACACGUCUGUCACUGCAGGAUUUGAGUCCCUGGCGGCGUAGUGUGUUACUGAUGGUAGGUUUUGUUACUUUGGUCCCAGCUCUCUGCAGGUCAUUCACUAGGUCCCCCCGUGUGGUUCUGGGAUUUUUGCUCACCGUUCUUGUGAUCAUUUUGACCCCACGGGGUGAGAUCUUGCGUGGAGCCCCAGAUCGAGGAAGAUUAUCAGUGGUCUUGUAUGUCUUCCAUUUCCUAAUAAUUGCUCCCACAGUUGAUUUCUUCAAACCAAGCUGCUUACCUAUUGCAGAUUCAGUCUUCCCAGCCUGGUGCAGGUCUACAAUUUUGUUUCUGGUGUCCUUUGACAGCUCUUUGGUCUUGGCCAUAGUGGAGUUUGGAGUGUGACUGUUUGAGGUUGUGGACAGGUGUCUUUUAUACUGAUAACAAGUUCAAACAGGUGCCAUUAAUACAGGUAACGAGUGGAGGACAGAGGAGCCUCUUAAAGAAGAAGUUACAGGUCUGUGAGAGCCAGAAAUCUUGCUUGUUUGUAGGUGACCAAAUACUUAUUUUCCACCAUAAUUUGCAAAUAAAUUCAUUAAAAUCCUACAAUGUGAUUGUCUGGAUUUUAUUUUCUCAAUUUGUCUGUCAUAGUUGACGUGUACCUAUGAUGAAAAUUACAGGCCUCUCUCAUCUUUUUAAGUGGGAGAACUUGCACAAUUGGUGGCUGACUAAAUACUUGUUUUCCCCACUGUAGCGCCCCUUCUGUGCACUGCGGUAAUACCGUAUUCCCCGGUAUGGUACGUUAUGAAGGUCUGGAAAUCUGUAUACCGCCCAACCCUAACACACACACACCAAAGAUCUGAUACGCGCACGUACGCAUGCACACACACACAAACGAUAUCCCUCUCCCUCUCUCUCUUUCUAGUUCUCUCUGUUAGCAGCCUUGCAUCUCAAUUCUAAAACCAGCACUCUCUGUCUUUCUCUCACUAUUUAACCCUCUCUCUUCUAUCUCUCUACUUCUCUCUCCUUCUAACUCUGUCUCGGCAGGUAAUGCAGAUUUGUCUGACCUGUUAAUCUUACUUUGAGACAGUGCUUCACCCUCCCUUGGCCCUGCUUUCAAGAGGCAGGCAGCAGAGAGAGUGUAGGUUUAAUUGAACUGCUGUGGAUUACAUCAAUGAGAUUGCUUUUAAUCCUUCUCAGAGCAGCGCCAUCUCUCCGUUGUCCCUGGGUUUGUUAUGUUCUACAUAAUUAGCUUUGUUGAGAGAGGCUGGGAAGCCAUCUGGAAAGUAUUGGGGCUGGUGCUACACUCUAAUUCUACUCUCUGUGUUUGACUGUACACUACAUCAAAGGGUUCUACAUUAAACCUUUUUCAUCUGAAGAAAGAGUUAUUUGACGGUUCUUUGUUUGGUGAAAAGGUUCUGUACUUGGAACCAAAAAGGUUUUUCUUACAGGGGCCAAGUUGAAAAUAUGCCUGUGUUGAUGGCACGUGGGAGUGGUGUGUACUUCUGUGGGGGUGGGGGCUGGUUUUUGCACAGGUGUGUGUACCUCUGUCUUUGUGUGUUUCUGUGAGUGUUUACUAAGUGUCCCUCCUUCCUUGUUCUUGUAGAUGUUCAAGAGGAAAGUGAUGGUGCUUGGGGAGAAGCUGCUACCGGCCUUCAACACACCAACGGGUAUCCCACGUGGAGUCAUCAACCUGGGCAGGUGAGCCUAGGCACCAGCCCCCAUGACCCCCUAGCUACAGUAUCCUAUUAUAAACACAUACAGUGCCUUCGGAAAGUAUUCAGACCCCUAUACUUUUCCCACAAAUUGUUAUGUUACAGCCUUAUUCUAAAAUUGAUUAAAUUGUUUUUUUCCCUAAUCAAUCUACAUACAAUACCCCAUGGUGACAAAGCAAAAACAGGUUUAAAAAAAAAAAUCUGAUGGCCGGGCGGCCAGCUCUAGGAAGAGUCUUGGUGGUUCCAAACUUCUUCCAUUUAAGAAUGAUGGAGGUCACUGUGUUCUUGGGGACCUUCAAUGCUGCAGACAUUUUUUGGUACCCUUCCCCAGAUCUGUACUUCGACACAAUCCUGUCUCGGAGUUCUACAGACAAUUCCUUCGACCUCAUGGCUUGGUUUUUGCUCUGACAUGCACUGUCAACUUUGAGACCUUAUAUAGACAGGUGUGUGCCUUUCCAAAUCAUGGCCAAUCAAUAGAAUUUACCACAGGUGGACUCUAAUCAAGUUGUAGAAACAUCUCAAGGAUACUCUGAAUACUUCUGUAAAUGAGGUAUUUCUGUUUGUUUUUUUGUAAUACAUUUGCAAAAAUUUAUAAUAACCUGUUUUCGCUUUGUCAUUAUGGGGUAUUGUGUUUAGAUUGAUCAGGAUUUUUAUUUAUUUAAUCCAUUUUAGAAUGAGGCUGUAACGUAACAAAAUGUGGAAAAUGGGAAGGGGUCUGAAUACUUUCUGAAUGCACUGUAUGAGACCUUACCAACGCAUUUAGCUGGAUUGCAUUACAGUAAGAAGGCAUUUUUUAUACUUCUGUUUGCAUUUGAAAUGUUUAACAUUUGUGGCCUCGUCUUGAACCCACAAAUGAAAUAACAUGUUCGACCCUGAUCUGUGCGAUUUUAUUGGGACCCCCAUAUGCAAUACCCACCACCCUUACAUAGUUAAGAUACUGUACACUUUUAAUUAGAUUUUUUCACUAUCUUAUCUUCUAAAAAGACAUCUCUCUGGCACCUCUGCCUGCCACCUGCUUCCAAUUAACCCGCCCGUCUAAGCAGACAGCUGCUGGCAAAUGUAAUUAACUGAUUCUAGAGCUAAUUCCAGUUAGAUGGGUAACAUGAACCCUGGGUGCAGAUGGGGAGGAACGAUACUCCCCCAUUAUAAAUUAUAUCCACGUAAGAAGAGGAACGUAUAUGUACAGAAACUACACAUACAUACACGCAACGCAUGCUGUACACAUAUGCACACAAACACACACACACAUACAAGCACACCAAGACAGUCGUGAAGCGGGCACGACAAAACCUAUUCCCCCUAAGGAGACUGAAAAGAUUUGGCAUGGUUCCUCAGAUCCUCAAAAGGUUCUACAGCUGCACCAUCGAGAGCAUCCUGACUGGUUGCAUCACUGCCUGGUAUGGCAACUGCUCGGCCUCCGACCGCAAGGCACUACAGAGGGUAGUGCGUACGGCCCAGUACAUCACUGGGGCCAAGCUUCCUGCCAUCCAGGACCUCUAUACCAGGCGGUGUCAGAGGAAGGUCCGAAAAAAUUUCAAAGACUCCCGCCACCCUAGUCAUAGACUGUUCUCUCUGCUACCGCACGGCAAGCGGUACCGGAGCGCCAACUCUAGGUCCAAGAGGCUUCUAAACAGCUUCUACCCCCAAGCCAUAAGACUCCUGAACAUCUAAUCAAAUGGCUACCCAUUUGCCUCGCUAUUGUUAUUUUUACUGCUCUUUAAUUAUUCGUAUUAUUUGAUAUUGUAUUUUUGUGUGUGAUUUCUUUUGGUAUUCUUUCUUAAAACUGCAUUGUUGGUUAAGGGCUUGUAAGUAAGCAUUUCACUGUAAGGUCUACACCUGUUGUAUUCGGCGCAUGUGACAAAUACAUUUUUAUUUUAUUUUAUUUUAUUUGAUACACACACACACCUACACCCAAACAGCAAGGGAUUUCAUUAUAGCUCAGUGAGAAACGAUGUUGCCCCAUAAUGAUAUUUAAUGUACACACACACGCACACACACACACACACACACACACACACACACACACACACACACACACACACACACACACAAACAAACAGCAAGGGAAUUCAGUAUAGCACAACUAAUAUGCUGCCUAUGUGCUGACUUGUAUAUGUAGCAUGUCCCAUGUGGUCUUCCAUAUAUCUGGACUACUUAUAGAAUACUGCUGGUGCUCCCAAAAGGCCUCAACACAUUGAAGAACCUCCAACUAAAUGCUUUGUAAUUAGUGAAGCGAACACAUUCAUACAAGGAGCACAAUGAAUAAUGCAUAGAGAAAACAUUGAACACUUGUUUGCAAGUUACUGAAUGCUAAAGCUGAGAAUUAUUUUUGCAAGUUUCCUAAAGUGUGCAAUGUACCAAUUUACAGUUCCGUCAGAAAGUAUUCACACCCCUUGACUUUUUCCACAUUUUGUUGUGUUACAGCCUGGAUUUAAAAUUGAUUCAAUUGAAAUGUUGGGUCUCUGGCCUACACACAAUAACCCAUAAUGUCAAAGUGGAAACCUAAAUAAGUUAAGGAGUGAAAAUGUGCUUAACAAGUCACAUAAUAAGUUCCAUGGACUCACUCUGUGUGCAAUAAUACUGUUGAACAUGAUUUUUGAAUGACGACCUCAUCUCUGUACCACACACAUACAAUUAUCUGUAAGGUCCCUCAGUCGAGCAGUGAAUUUCAAACACAAAUUCAACCACAAAGACCAGAGAGGUUUUCCAAUGCCUAGAAGGGCACCUAUUGGUAGAUGGUAAAAAAAAAAAAAGACAUUGAAUAUCCCUUUUAGCAUUGUGAAGUUAUUACACUUUGGAUCAAUACACCCAGUCAUUACAAAGAUACAGGCGUCCUUCCUAACUCAGUUGUCAGAGAGGAAGGAAACCGCACAGGGAUUUGACCAUGAGGCCAAUGGUGACUUUAAAACAAUUAUAGAGUUUAAUGGCUAUGAUAGAAUACUAACCUAAAUGACAGAGUGAAAAGAAGGAAGCUGGACAGAAUAAAAAAUAUUCCAAAACAUGCAUCCUGUUUGCAAUAAGGCGCUAAAGUCAUUCACUCCUACUCUACGGGCCCUGAGUUUACUUUAGCUUGAGCAGCUAAUGAUGUAGCCCCAAACUUUUAAUAAGCAUAUUCAUCAGGACUACAUCUCUCGUUGCUUCAAUCCCUCUAUAGUUUCUCUUUUUUUUCCCCAUCCUCCACUAAUUAAUUCAGUUCCAUUCAUCACUUUAUCACUUUCUAUUAAUGUAGGAUUAGGUCAUGUAAUAUAAUGUAAUGACAUUCCAUCUCACCUCUGAUUAGGUUAGUCAUACUGUAGUAGCACGUCAUUGAAGUCGUAAUUUAGACAUAGACGUACUGUUAUUCUGAGAUGGCUGCGAAUAUCAUCCUCACAGUGCACUACUUUCAUAGAGAAAUAAGUCAAAAGGAUAUGGGUUGCAUCCGAAACCACACCCCAUUCUCUAUAUAGUGUUCUACUCACUAAAGGUUACUACUUUGACCAGAGCCCUAUGGGUGCUGGUCAAAAUUAGUGCACUAUAUAGGAACUAGGGUGCCAUUUUGGACACAGCCAUGGUUUAUUGGUGACCCUGGUUGACUCCAGACUUGGUUGGUGCUCUAGCUUUAGACUCUAAGAUGAACUUAAUGCUUUCCUCACCUCUGCAGGGGUAGAUGGGUUAUUGAUCUACAGAGGGUAGUAAAGUCUCCCACUCUGAUCCACAGACAAGUGAUGCGAUGCAUUAGAUAGCGUCUUGGUUGGUGCCCAAGAGGGACAAACAGAUCCAGACCUGCUUAAUCUUAAUACUGUGUCCUAAAUGGCACCCUAUUCACUAUAUAGUGUACUACUUUUAACCAGGGCCCAUAUGGCUUUGGUCAAUAGUAGUGCACAAUGUUUUAAAUAGGGUGCCAUUUGGGACGUAACCUUAGUCUCUCUACUUUCUUCAGCACCAGAAUAUAGGUAAACACAUUUUGAAGAUAUUGUAGUUGUUGGUGCACUAGAACCGUAUAAAGCUUUGGCUCCAAGACACUAAAUUGCCUCAAAGACAAAGCAGGGAACUACUGAAAGUGACACCACACUGAGGUCAAAACUGAAUGUUUUUCUUUACUGACACUGGUGUUGAUUGUUUAUCUGUAAUUGUAGCAUCAUAUCAAGUUACAAUGCUAUUUAUUUGCCCAUUAUUGACAAUUGGUCAGAGUUUAAUUAAGUCCAAGACUUUCAGUCUUAAAAGUUACAAUCUAAUUCAAACUUUGCAGAACAUAAUGAAAAUGCUUUGUGUUAACAUGGAUUUAUUGUCCUGAGUGAGAACCAAUGUGUAACAGUGUGUGUUGACUCUGGUCCUCUCUUGGCGCGGUAUGUACAGUGACACCUGUAAUGUCCAGAGUGUGCAACAGUGUGUAACAGUGUGUGUUGACUGUGGUCCUCACUUGGCGCGGUAUGGUUUCUGUUGCAGUGGCACCAGCUGGAGCUGGGGCUGGGCGUCAGCCGGGAGCAGUAUCCUGGCAGAGUUUGGAACCCUGCACCUGGAGUUUGUCCACCUAUCAGAGCUCUCCAACAAUGGCAUCUACACAGAGAAGGUAAAUACUACAGUACCCACAAUACUGUGAGUGACUUGUGUUGCAAAAAUCCUGAAACUUUCCCAGUUAGAAUCCUUCACCAGGAAUUUCUCAAAAACCUGGGAACUUUGAGGACGUUUUUGCAAUUUUGUAACCCUAUGUGUGACUGCCUACUACAGAAUAUCAGAUUUGACUAUGUAAAAUAUUUUUUAUGCUUAUCAGUGCAUGUUGUAUGUCAUUAUCCAUUUGUGUUUUUCUUGCUGCAGUCAUUACUCUAGCCUCUGGACAAUAUUCUUUAGAACUUCACUUUCAAUUUAUUUAAUGGAUAUUUGUGAAUGUUUUUAAUGGGCAUACUGAACGUAAUGUUACAUUUCAUUGGAUGAUAAGUUUUCCUUCUAAUUCGGCUGUCAGUCACAACUUCAGUGAACAAAUACUUCCAAAGGACAUUUAAAUCAAUUAGAAGCAUACGUGAUGCCAAAGUUGAAAUCCUCUCUACAGUUAUUUUAGUUUACAGAAGGAUUUUUCCUUCAAAGCUAAUGUAUUUAUUACUGUGUGGUGUUGCAGGUUAUGAAUAUCCGAAAGCUGUUGAACAAAAUCGAGAAGCCUCACGGUCUCUAUCCCAACUUCUUGAGUCCCGUCAGUGGAAACUGGGUCCAACGUGAGUACUGGCCUCCACUGAAGGAGAUACACAUGAUUAUAUUAUUAUCAUAGAACAUAAGGGCACUGGCCAGCCACACUAGUAGCCGGGUGACAUUCUACUAGCCAAGGGUACAAAAUCUGUGCCAUGCGAUAUUUGUGGCAAAUUUGCCACAUUUUCUACUAGCCUGGUCUAAAAAGUACAAUCCUCUGGCUAGCGGGCUAGCUUAAUUUCCAUCACCACACUUCACUUAUCCACAGGAAAGCUUUUGCCACUAUACAAACACCACCUUUGUAAUUGUAGUACAGCAGAAAAGAACGUCCUUGGUUAACCCAGUCAAAGGCGAUUCUGAUACUCUUUUAUACUGUACAGAAACACCGUAAUUACAUAUUAUUACCCUCUAGUCAUCUGUGAACUGAUCCUAUGACUUUCUACACAGAAACUCCUCCGACCUUGCAGGAGCUCUCCCAUUUAAAUCCUUUGGAGCGUCCUUGUCAGCCAUCCAUCCCUCUUUCUUCCUUUCUUUCUUUCCCUAUCAAUGUCAGUCUCAAGCAGUGAUAUGACUCGCCUCGCUCUGGGUUAUUCAAAUGAUAAUGAAUCAAAUUAAGUCGGGAAAUUGAAUCUUUUCCGAUUCAACUGAAAGGCAGAGAAAUGGGAGAUGCCGAGAUGGCAUCUGAAGAUGUGGGCCUGAAAGUCCUAAUCUAGUCCUAAUGUCUGAUUAUGGGGCUAAUUGUUGUUGUGGGUGAAUGGUUAAUGAAGCAGGUAGAUAAGGAGGAGGAGAGGAAGGAGAGGGACAGUGGGUGUUCAGCACGGGCUGUGUUUCUGUCAGCAUGGGCACAUUGGGCACAGAGCAGAAAGCACGGAUUCACACACACCUCUCCCCCAGUCUCUGCUGUUCUGUUGUCAAGGGCUAAGAGAACGCUGCGUGAUAACCUUUCACAGUGUGGAGGAGUGUGUGGUGGUGGAGGGUGGGUGGGUGUGCAAGUGUGCUUGCAUGCAUGGAUGUGUGGAUGUGUGAGCACACAAACACCUCUCCAACCCAGUAUCUUAUCCAGAGUUGUUGAAUUAGCAUGAAAUUGAGUGGGAGGAAAAAAAAUCAACAACCACAAGUGUAUUCAUAUCUCAAGUUGUACCAACCAAUAAUACUUUUUAAUUAAAUUAAAACCACAACUGUGUGGGUAGUUGAUAAAGCUAGCCACAAGGACAGUUAUUUUCUGUGCAAAGGCUACUCAGAGUAUGAAACUACAAAUCAGUCAGUCUGUCAUAUCCACAAGAGAUUCCCACAUAUACUCUGAUUCUAUUUGACUCAUUGGUUAUUGGGUUUAGUAAACCCAAGGUCGGCUGCCUGUGAGACUGCAGAAUAAUGUUUGGGAAAAAGACCCUCCCUGUGUGGAAAUAAUGUCAGAUUUCUCUAUUUUUCCUAUCCCAGAUCACGUUUCCAUUGGCGGCCUGGGGGAUAGCUUCUACGAGUAUCUGAUCAAAUCAUAUCUGAUGUCAGACAAGACCGAUGAGGAAGCUAAGAAGAUGUACUACAGUGCUCUGGAGGUAGGAGUAAUUCCAUAUAGCACGCAGAGAGGGACCUGCUGCUGUCUUCAGGGGGCCGCUGUAGGGAAUUGAUAUAUGCAAUAUGGAAAGAUAUAUGGGUGAAGGGAAUGACGGAAAGGUGGUCUGUUAUCGCUGUGGUUUUAGAAUUCAGCAUAGUUUUACAGUAUAUCAUAACAAGUAUCAGCAACCUGUGACGCACAAACACACAUGACACAUGCAUGUAAGUGUGCACACAAAGUCACAAACAUACACGCGCACAUGCAAAUAUGGCACACACACUCACAAACACCCCCCUACAUGCACACACACACACACUCCCUCACCACACACCACACACACACACACUCACAGACAUGGCACGACACACACACACACACACACACACACAACCUCCUCCACACACAUACACCCAAUCCCUCAGCCAUCAAUUAGCACAAUAUCUUCUCCUUAAAUACCAUUGACGCUAGCCUUUUAGGCUGAUGAGACUAUUUGCUCAUUGGAGGGUCAAGCCAAAGGCAAAUACAUUAAUUAUAGACAAUCUCUCUCCUGUGGCCUGGUAUUUGAAAUAGUUAUAGUUAGCCCUUUUCUGGUAUCACACCAUAGCUAUACUGUGUGUGUUUGUAUAGUGCUCUCAAGCGUAGAUAGUACAGUAAUAAUUUGCAUUAGUAUUCAAAUAAAGGAUUAGCUUUCAAAUAAAGGUAGAUACUAAUUAAUAGAUAAAAAGUGAACGCCCCUUAAAUGCUAAUUAGAACACUGUGUGAAAUGCCACAAAUUUCAAUUAAUUCCCACACCAUGGUAAUGGCAAAAAACGCCUAAUUAGAAAAGUCUCACCAUAUCUGCCCUUAAGGAAUGCAUUAAUGGAAAACAUUAAUUACAGUAGUAUUCAUAACAUUAGGAACACCUCUUUCCAUCUCAUAGACUGACCAGGUGAAUCCAGGUGAAAGCUAUGAUCCCCUAUUAAUGUCACUUGUUAAGUCCACUUCAAUCAGUGUAGAUGAAGGACACAGGUUAAAUAAGGAUUUUUAAGCCUUGAGACAAUUGAGACAUGGAUUGUGUAUGUGUGCCAUUCAGAGGGUGAAUGGGCAAGACAAAAUACUGGUUUGAGUGUGUCAAGAACUGCAACGCUGCUGGGUUUUUCAUGCUCAAGAGUUUCCCGUGUGUAUCAAGAAUGGUCCACCACCCAAAGGACACCCAGCGAACUUGACACAACUGUGUGAAGCAUUAAAGUCAACAUGGGCCAGCAUCCCUGUGGAACAUUUUCAACACCUUGUAGAGUCCAUGCCCAAAUUGAGGCUGUUCUGAGGGCAAAAGGGGGUGCAACUCAAUAUAUAUGUUUUUUAUACUCAGUGUAUAAUAGAGUAAUGGGAAGUUUAUGUUUUAAUGAGCAGUGUCAAACCUGUGGUAGAUAAUAGAAUCUGCUAGUUUUAGGAUCAUGGGUUGUUCCCAUGGGGCCACCCUUGACAGAGGGAUGGAGGUCUAGAGCUAGAGAGCAAGUACUUGAUUCGAUCUAGCAGGAUGAGAAAGCGAUGGUAUGCGUAUUGAGAGAGAGAGAGAGAGAGAGAGAGAGCAGAGAGAGACGAUAUGAGGCGACGAAGCUCUCUCUCUCGCUCAGUCUCUCUCUCUCUCUCUCUCUCUCUCUCUCUCGCCUCUCUUCUCUGUCUCUUCUCUUCGCUCUCUCUAUUCUACGUUCCUCGUCUCUUGGGUAUUGAUCUCCUGAGAUGCCUUACUCUGUUUCCUGACUUUCCAAAGAAAGACAAAUACAAAGAAAAUCUCUGUCAGGAGACAUGGCACCAGGGAGAGAGAGAUAAACUUCAAUACAUUUCCUCCUAAAGUCUCCCUCUUCCUCUGUCCUUAUUCUCUCUGUCUGAUUUCUCUCUCUCUAUCUGUUUCACACACUCUCUCUCUCACUCCCUCUCUCCAUCCCUCUCUCUCUUUCCUUUGUUUCCACCAGAUUUCCACCUCUCUCUCUCCUGGAAUCAGAAUAGAAUGUCAAUGAGGCUUGACUUCAAUUUGCCACAUACCUGUCCAUGUGUUAUAGGAUGUAUAAAUCAUUCCGUACAUAAAUGCAGAAACACAUACCAAUAUGGACAUGUUGUUCAAAUUGGCAAUGUGCAUAGAUAGUGUCUACAAAACAUGCAUCCACAUAACAUUGUGGAUAGAACAAGCCAUACAACAACUUGGGCACACACAAAUUGAAGCAGCUGCCAUCCCAGCACUGCCAUGGCACCUGCGCUGUAGAUAGAAAUGUAUUCCAGAACUUCCAAUUGCUUCUCAAGUAUUUCUUCUUAGAUAUGAUUUAAAUUGAAAAACAAUUGCGGUCUUUUUUUUAUUCUCAGUGUUUCCCCAUCUCAGCUUCAGAGUAACAGAAGCGUUCAGAACCCACAGAGUUGAAAUCCUACAUGUAGAAUGACUAGAAUAAAAAGCCUAGAUUCUAUUUCUAAGGUAGAAAAGCUGUACUCAUAUGUAUGUGAAUGGAGGUUUGUCUAUGUUUCCCCAUCACAGUUCCAGCAUGAUUCAUAGAAACACAGAGUUGAAAAAAUGCUGUAGUGUGCAGUCAAUUAAUGGAGACUUAUCUGUGUCUCACCCAUUUAUAAAUGUCAAUGGUCUCCAACCCCCAGGCUAUCGAGGCUAACCUGGUGCAGAAGUCCCCUGGUGGGCUGACCUACAUGGCGGAGUGGAGGGGGGGCAUCCUGGACCACAAGAUGGGCCACCUGGCCUGCUUCUCCGGGGGCAUGGUGGUGAUUGGAGCGGACGACGACUAGCUCCAAGAAAGUCGUUACUACCUAGGUACCUGCUCCCAUAGAUCCACACACCCUGCCACGAGAGCUUAGAGUAGUAGUUCGGUGAGUAGGACGGAAUGGCUUUGAGUAUAGGACAUAUGUAUGACCAAGGACAGGUAUGAGAUUAGUAUUUAAGGACAUUGGAUAUCCAAUGUUUGGAUGUUGCUCUGGGUAUUCAGAGCAAUUAUAGCUUUUUCUGUUAUCGUGCAGGACAUUAUCAAGUCAGUAAAAUUACAAUGCUGUUAGACUAUCUUCUUAAGUGAAGGAAUGUGGUGACCUGGAAAAUAAUUAAAUAAAUAGAGAUUGAAGGAGAGAAGCUCUGCUAAGUACACAAUAGUAGGUUUUUGUAGAAAGAAGGUCUUUGGUAAAAGGGGUCAAUUGGUCAGGACCAAGCCGCUCCUUCAUAUAAUUAAUUAAAUGCCUUUAUUUGUUUGGCAUGUUCAAAGGAAACAAAGAUUUAAAACUCUGACACGUUUUGGCUGCAUGGCCUUCGUCAGGGAGAGAUUGAGUCAUAUUGGAAAUAAAAAAAUCUGCAGCCAAUUUACAUUUAAUUUAACUCCUAGCUGGCAGCUACACCUCAAAAGGCGGAUGUACAGCUCAAUAGGGAGCUGCAGAACCUCAUGUCUCUGGUGUGAGGAAUAAAAGUUAUUCAAAAUUAUUCUUUAUCAUCUUUCGACACUUCAAUGUGCACUCAUGCUGUCCUACCAGACCUCUUUUGAAAGCAAUAAUCAUUUGAAAGCAGUCAAUGGUGAUUCAAAAUGGAGGGAAAGACAAAGAUGUCUGUCGUUUGUAGAAUAAACUGAGAAUGAGAGUCUCAGAGAGACCACAGGCAAAUGAUUUGUAGUACAACUCAACCUGGAGAGGACGAAGAUCAAACAAGACCAAGAUCCUCAAGUCUUGAUGAGAUUCUACACAAACAGUAAAAUCGCAAGAGUUCAAUUUUACACUAUUUUGGGGUUUAUAUGGUCCCAACCCCAUUUUGUGUUAAAACAAUUCAUAUUUUUGGAGUUAAAACUACACUAAAUGGAGUAAAUAUCCAACUCGCAGAGAGUUGCUUAAAUUUAACUCAGUGUCGUUUUUAAUUAACAAUCAACUCCAGCAGAGUUUCAGUUUACUUCCUUUGAGUUAUAAAGGUAUAAAGCCUUAUUUACAUUUUUAUUGUGUCACAUUAUGGUUACUCUUAAUGGAGUUGAAAGUAAUCCGUCCCAAUCAACUCCAGUUAUCAACACUAACUCCAGGGAGCGUAUUACUCUCGAGGGUUAAGAUAACUCCCAGUAGAGUCAAUUUAACCCACAUUUUUUUAAAACUGUGAAUUCAACUAUCCUUUAUUUACUGUGCACUGUCUGGACGUAGAAUGAACUUGAGGGAAUCUAAAAGUCUGAGCGAAAAAGAGAUGAGUAGUGGUCACUUUUGGGAAAAAACUCGCUUGAACUUGAUUUCUCGUCCUCGGCCCUGACACUUAACAGAAAAUAUUAUUCAGAAUAAUUUUUUUCGUGUUUCCACCACAGGGUGAGCAGACUGGUUUCAUCCUGAAAAUACAGCUAAUGUGACUCAUCGCAUAACAGGUUUCUUGAUAUACUUAGAAGACUUUUGAUCUCCCCAACCAAAAGGUGCCUCCUCCUUUUUAUUGCCAUCUUCUGCUUUUUUCUUAGUUUGUUCCCCUUCUCAUUAGAGGGCUGCUCAAUAUUUCAGUUCCGAGCCUCUUAGCUUCUAUUGGAUGAGAAAGGAGGUUACAAGGGUCUCUCCUUCUGCCGCUCCUCUCUGUCUGGAUCUGUUCCAUCAACACAACAGGGCCGGCUGGCCCCCGUCUUCUAGCCAAGAAAAGGCAUGCCAGGCAGCAUUGGGGACUAUCGAUUCAGACAUUAGAGAAAAUGUCUGAAAGUUUUCCGUCAUUGGCUGAUGUGCCUCGCUGUUGGGGAGGAGAUGAAGGUUGGAUGGAGUUGAUAUAUAGAAACAUAAAACAGUCAAUAGUUCAAAAGACAGAUGGGCUCUCUGUCCUAAAAAGAGUUGAGAAAGUUGGAGUCAGUCGUGUGUACUGAAAUAGAAAGGAGAUGAUGUCAAGGAGUGAAAUGCCACCGCUGCCAUUGCUGCUCUCAUUCCUCUCCUGCCAGAUGGAUGUUGUGACUGCAGUGAGAAAGUCCAAAAAUGGAUGUAGCAACUAAGGAUUGCCCCUUUAACAGGCAGUUACCUUCAUACAGCAGAACUAUGUCGCCAUUUGAAGGUGAUCUAUUAACCUGUAAGAAAUGUUUUUAUUCUGUCCACUGUUCCGCAAAUGUCCCACAAAAUCGUUCCCUUGUCCCAUAUUUGGGCUUUUUAGAUGUGGUCACCCUAAUUCCACCAUUGGAAACUUUGCUACUGUAACAUGUAACACCAUCUUUUUGCAUGUGAGGAGAAUAACAUUAUUUCAAGCCCAUAUGUGAACUUGCAAUUCUACAUUUUUCAAAUGUGAAACUGAAUAUCCGAUUUUCACAAACUGCAAUUCACAUGUGAGGUGUUAACAUGUGAACUCUACAUUUAAUACAUGUGAAAAUAUAGUUUCACUUGUGAAAUUUAAGCUCAACAUGUGUGUGAUUUCACAUGUGAAAAUACACGUUUUUUUUUUUUUGUAAGGGUUCUGCAAACGACCUGGCAAAUAUCCCACUACGGUUUGGGGAAAAAACACAAUAUGUGAAACAUGCGUCAUGUAACAUACGUAGUAAUACACACGCAUCCUGAUUGCGAUUCAAAAUUUGAAAUGUUGCCAUGCCAAUGGUCUUACCCUGAACUCCCCCGAAAGUUCUCCCCCGAAUAGCAACCAUUGUGCUACUGUAGAUGGGAAUCCUGUUCGCAUGCUGUCGCUACGGCCUUGCAGAGUGGCAGCCGGCUAACAGAGAGAGAAUGUGUAGACCAUCUGGAUUACAAGACCAACUGGGGAACAGAUCUUUAUUGUAGAGCUCAUUUUCCAUUUCUUUUUAGAGCAUGAUGUUGGAAUCGCGACUGUUUGCCAGGGCUAUAUUAUUUAUAGUGCUAAUUCACCCACAAUUAUGUUGUUCGCUUUGAUUUGUUUCAGUACCUCAGAAGACUGAUUGAACAAACUAUUCACUUAAAUAUAAAUCGACUCAAAUAACAUUCCUCAUCCCCCAUGUUUUUUUUAAGUACAUCGUUUAAUCUGCUCACUCUUGUGUCUCUCUAAUCCUCCUUUAGCUACAAAAUUAGGGCCUGAGGCAUUCCGAUUCGACAGUGGGGCGGAAGCCACGGCAACCAGACUGAGUGACAGAUACUACAUCCUGCGGCCGGAGGUCAUCGAGAGCUACAUGUACAUGUGGAGGCUGACCCAUGACCCCAAGUACCGGGAGUGGGGCUGGGAGGCAGUGGAGGUGAGUCACACAGACGUCAAUGGCACAGUCUUCAUGAUACAACCAUAAUGUCACUAAAGGAAUGACUUGUAACUCUGGUACUUUAUCUCCAAAGUACCUUCUGGUUUUAUUUGUUACAUUUUGAUUAGCAAAGAGUUUAAACUGAGUGGAGAUCUGGUGCUUAUCCUUAAAGUGCAUUUAACAAGGAUGUGUAAAAGAACAAUAAAACAGUGAUUCUAGAAUGUGUUUUUGAAAUAUGAUUGAAAACCUCAAUAGAGACAAUCAUAUCCCACAUACAGAUGUCGGAUCUUAACUUGAUCACUCUUGUGGCAGAGCAUUUUCCUGCUGCAUCACAAAAUUCAAAUGAGUCCCUGAAAAAUAGCAGUUAUCUUUUCUCCAUGUGGGGGCAGUCGAGUCAUUUGGAUCAGGGCUUGCUAUCAAAAUAAUUUUCUCUCUCGCUCGCUCAAAUGCUAGGCCUAGGUCCAAUUACUUUAACAUUCAAAUGUACAAAAAUGUAUCUGAAAUGCAGCCAUACACAUCAACUGUCAUGUGAUCGUUUUAUAUAGCUUAAUAAUGGUCUACACUAGGCUACGACAUACAAGUGUCAAGUGUAUCCUAAGGUCAAAAUUGAGUUCAGUCGUGGCCUGAGGUGGUCUAGCGGUUAGGGUCUACCAUGUAGGCCUACCACGCCUUUCUGGCACAAAUAACUCAAUCCCCCGAUUGACUUGAUUUAUUUGCACAUUUCAAAUAUUGACAUUCCAGGGAUAUUUUACCCCUGAUCUUGAUAAGAAAUGACCAUACCAGACACUUUUGGAUAACAUAAAUAGGAAACAAAUAAAAUAAUAACAAAAGGCUACAUCAUGCAGUUUCAUACAGUGUCGGGUAAAUUGCCAUAGUAGAUUUGCCAUGGUAAUAUUAAAUACUUUGUUUCUAUUGUUCGGAAUGUUUGUCAAAUAGAUAAAUCGUCCUUCUGUUCAAAAAGGACUAAGUUGUUCCGAUUACAAUACCAACCGGGUGUGUUGAAUUUAGUCAAUCACUGAACUGACCAACUGAGUUAAUUGACUAAAUUCAACACACCUGGUCUUCCAGGUCGGUUAAAUCAAAAACCAGCAUACACUGCGGCUCUCCGGGAAUAGGGUUGCCUACCCCAAACUGUUAACCUUCGAGUUGUUUCGAUUUUAACCCUGUAACCCAGGGGUGUCCAACUCAUUCCAUGGAGGGCCUAGUGUCUGCAGGUUUUAGUUUUUUCCUUUCAAUUAAGCCCUAGACAACCAGGUGUGGAGAGGUCUUUACUAAUUAGUGACCUUAAUUCAUCAAUCAAGUACAAGUGAGGAGCGAAAACCUACAGACACUCGGCCCUCCGUGGAAUGAGUUUGACACCUGUGCUGUAACUCCGCGGAAUUAAUGCGUCAAAAAAAGACAUUCAUUCAUGAGUCAAAGGGCAGUGGGCCGGAAUUCGAAGCCAUGCCGACUCUGGCAUAUUGUGCUGGGGUUAGUGGCUGUAACCAUAGCACCACAUAGGCACUGAGAAAACCAAUAAUGUAUUAUACCUCUUGCUUGCCUUCAACAUAUAAUAAAACAAUAGAUCUAGAAAAUCAGAUUUUCCUCCUGCGAUGAAAGGGGUCAAAUUAAGAUCUGACAUCUGUGCUGGUCUCUGUCCAUAUGUAUUCUCUCUCUCUCGAGGAACUAAUGUACAGUACAUAUAAUUGAACAUGGUCUAGACCUUCAGUCAGCUCAACAUUGGAGGCCCUGCAAUGCUACGUCUGACAAGGCAGUGUGAGGGCAGAACUAGCCAGGCUGAUUAGCACAUUAUUACCCCCUUGACAAAGACAGACCAUAAUUAACACAGACCCCUGUUCUUACUGUUGGAUCUGCAUGAAAAUAAGCAAAGUGUGGGUUUUGUCAACCUUUUGUGCCCCAUAAUGAAUGCAUGUGUCAACCCUGUCAGCCUGAUCACACCACUUCUCUCUCUGGGCACAAAAUGAAUGCUAAAUCUAUCAUCCCAACCCCUGUUGCAAAGGGUAAUGUGUCCUCUCUCUAUAGGCACAUUAUUAUUAGCUCUGCCCCCAUUCACCACCUCAACCCCAACCUCUUGUUCUCACUCGUGCUACUGGAUGUCGUUGAAUAUUGUAUAAGGUGCCCCAGACAAGACCUUAAUAUAAGGAGGCUUUAUGUUUGGUGUCGUAUGAGGUGAUUGUGCUGUGAGUAAAAGAGGGUGUUUGAGGACAUGGUACUAGGUUGACGUAUCUGUCUCUGGCUCUCCAUAAACAACCUAUGUUCCCUUAUUAGGGUUGCACAACUCCAGUACUUGAGAGCUGCAGUCCUACUGCUGAAGUUUGAUUUGAUAUGAAUUUCAAUCAUUACAGUGAUAGGUAGGAGGAUACUGUCUGUGCCCAUUGGCUAACUGCUGGUAUAAUACAUGUCAGGUUUGACAUUAACAUCCCUUCUACACUCUUCUUUCUAUUCUUCUCCCCAGGCUCUGGAGCAACACUGCAGAGUCGAAGCUGGUUUCUCUGGGAUCCGAGACGUGUACGCCCAGACAGUCAGCCACGAUAACAUGCAACAAAGCUUUUUCCUCUCCGAGACACUCAAGUAAGUCUAACACGGCCAGUCAACAUCCCCCCUACUGAGAAUACCUCAACACUUUGCUUUCUCCCACUUAAAAAGAUGAGAGAGGCCUGUAAUUUUCAUCAUAGGUACACGUCAACUAUGACGGACAAAAUGAGGAAAUAAAAUCCAGAAAAUCACAUUGUAGGAUUUUUUAUGAAUUUAUUAGCAAAUUAUGGUGGAAAAUAAGUAUUUGGUCAAUAACAAAAGUUGCAGAUCUCCUCUAGAGCAGUGAUGUUUUGGGGCUGUCGCUGGGCAACACGGACUUUCAACUCCCUCCAAAGAUUUUCUAUGGGGUUGAGAUCUGGAGACUGGCUAGGCCACUCCAGGACCUUGAAAUGCUUCUUACGAAGCCACUCCUUCGUUGCCCGGGCGGUGUGUUUGGGAUCAUUGUCAUGCUGAAAGACCCAGCCACGUUUCAUCUUCAAUGCCCUUGCUGAUGGAAGGAGGUUUUCACUCAAAAUCUCACGAUACAUGGCCCCAUUCAUUCUUUCCUUUACACGGAUCAGUCGUCCUGGUCCCUUUGCAGAAAAACAGCCCCAAAGCAUGAUGUUUCCACCCCCAUGCUUCACAGUAGGUAUGGUGUUCUUUGGAUGCAACUCAGCAUUCUUUGUCCUCCAAACACGACGAGUUGAGUUUUUACCAAAAAGUUCUAUUUUGGUUUCAUCUGACCAUAUGACAUUCUCCCAAUCCUCUUCUGGAUCAUCCAAAUGCACUCUAGCAAACUUCAGACGGGCCUGGACAUGUACUGGCUUAAGCAGGGGGACACGUCUGGCACUGCAGGAUUUGAGUCCCUGGCGGUGUAGUGUGUUACUGAUGGUAGGCUUUGUUACUUUGGUCCCAGCUCUCUGCAGGUCAUUCACUAGGUCCCCCCGUGUGGUUCUGGGAUUUUUGCUCACCGUUCUUGUGAUCAUUUUGACCCCACGGGGUGAGAUCUUGCGUGGAGCUCCAGAUCGAGGGAGAUUAUCAGUGGUCUUGUAUGUCUUCCAUUUCCUAAUAAUUGCUCCCACAGUUGAUUUCUUCAAACCAAGCUGCUUACCUAUUGCACUACUGAGAUAUACCAGCAAACACUUAGCUUUUUAGAUUUGUAAUAAUAAUAAUAAUAAUAAUAUGUCAUUUAGCAGACGCUUUUAUCCAAAGCGACUUACAGUCAUACAUUUUUACGUAUGGGUGGUCCCGGGGAUCGAACCCACUACCCUGGCGUUACAAGCACCAUGCUCUACCAAUUGAGCUACAGAGGACCAUUUGUAAACGGCUACAGAGCUUAUUCCACUAAGAGUAAAUGGCAUAUACAGUUUAUUAGAAGUAGUAAGAAGUAAAUAGCAUAUGCAGUUUAAAAACCCCUAGAGUCGAUCACAUUUGCAUAAUACAAAAAUCCCCAUUAAAAUCCAUCAGUUUAAGCAAGAGAUAUCUGUUUUUGCAUGGGCUGCAUCUCAAUCCACUGUAUCCACCGAUGUCGCCCUUCCAGAUCUGCGGUGAAAGGUGGCAGAGCUAGAGCGGGGUUUGUCAGACCAUGAGACAUCCUGAAAAAUCUGUCUUCUCACGAAAACCACUGUAGUAGUUUGACCCCUCUAUGGAAAGAUGAGACUCUCAUGAACAUGUCGGUUGUUUUGCUCUUGGAUGCCCACAAGCCUCACAAUAAAAAAAUAAUCCUGAUCUUUCUUAUAUCUCUCAGGUAUAGGCAAUAUGUUUUGCCUCAUGCAAGUAUCUGCAUCAAAUUGACAGACAAACCCUUUUGAAUUUUUUAAAGAACAAAAUUCCCAUUCAGAUUCAGCUGAAAGACUCAGUCUAGCCCCCUCUCAGACCAAUCUCUGGCGGGUUAGUGAUGUGACAUCACAUGGAGUUGUCAACUAAUAGAGCUGAGAGGAACGUGUGAGUGUCGUCUGGGCCCCCUUAGAUAAAGAACCCUUAAGAACUUUGGAACGAAAAUGGAGAAAGCUGUGUUUUAUACUGAAUCUUUUCAGUAGAAAUAAGAUUAACUAUAAUUUCCAUUUUCUCAGAAAGGCUCCAGACAGGCUUUAAAUAAAGCCCACGCUUCACCUUGCUGUUGUUCAUAAUUUAUUGAAUUCAUCAAAAUGUUCAUUCAUAUUCAUUCAAUAGUCGUGAGAAAUUACAAAAUAAACUUGUUUUACAAAAGCAAAGAAUGUCAGGUUGUUACAUCAGUAAUUAUUGCCCAACCAUGAUUAAAAAAAUGUUUUUAUUGAUUCAUACAAUAGCAUUAUAGCCAUUAUUUCUUUGUUUAGAUACCCAUAGUCUAGGAGAAAACUAGCCAGUGGAUCCUUUAUUCUAGCCAUUCGUUUCCCCAGACACUGACGCUGUGUGUCCCUCUCAGGUAUCUGUACCUGCUCUUCUCUGACGAUGACCUGCUGCCUCUGGAGGACUGGGUGUUCAACACGGAAGCUCACCCCCUGCCCGUCGUCCGCAAGAGCUGCCAACAGGGGGAGGGAGGGAUACACGACAAGACAACCUCGGAGUAGCAACCUGCUGUACAACUACUGUACAGCUCACCUGGAUACAGACACAGAGUAACACAUAUUCAUACAUCACAUGCAUACAAACACACACAGACACACACAUGACAACAUUACACACAGGUAACAACACAACAACAAAAUGCAGGGCCAAGGUCCCUUGGGCCCUGUCACAGACUCUCAAUUCCUUUCCAGUAAAGGAUCUUGUCGUAUACGCUGUGAUUGUAUAUCCUUGAGCCGGGCCGGGACUACUUCCUGCCGGCAUUACUUUCUGUGGACAAUCAAGACGAACGUGAUUUUCAUGAAAAGAGCACCUUUUUUCUUUCCUUCUUUCCUCUGUGAGGAAACCAAGAGUAUCUUGCAGACCCAAAUGUAAUGGGAGGAGUGCUGUAUUAUGGGCCAUAUUGUGAGAGAGAGAGAGAGAAACCACUGAGCUUUUGCUUUGAUUCCAUUUUUCACCGCAGUCGAUUAAUGAUUUCACUUGAUCUUGUCAUUGCUUUUUUUUCUGGCUUUUUUCUUUGUCUCUUUGACCAAAGUUUUUUUUUGUUUUUUUUUUCACCCCCUCAUAAUUCCCUUAACAUAUUAUGUUUGUGGUGAGAUUUGACCAAUAGUAAGAUGACAGACUAAUAUGGAGGGUGGAAUGGUGUUGAAUAUUAAAUGUAUAUACAAUUGUGAAAUGUAAUACUCAAAAUCCACCUUGAAAAGCAUUGUUUAUUCAGAGUUUCUUAGCAGAAACAGGUUAAAUGAAUAAUAACAGGCAUGGGAAAAAUUGAAAACUGAAGAGGUUGUUGGAGAGACCAUUUUUAUAAAUUGUUUGUCUUUAUAAUUUGUUUUGAGUACAAUACUGGUGAAAUAUUUUCAUCAGGGCAAGUCUGUGUUGAAUCCUCCUCACCGCCUUUCAGAGCGUAACUUCACAUUGUGUGAGUCCUGUGACUUUAACACAAGUGUCAGUCCUGUUAUUGUAACACAAGUGUCAGUCCUGUG